AACUGUGAACUCUUACAAAACGGCGAACAUUUUAUACUCACGUCAUUUUACUGCGUCUACAGUACAUUUGUUUGGAAAAAGAAGAUGGCUUCAGGGUCAGCCGGACAAGACACAGAACUGGAUGAGUUAUUGGACAGUGCGCUCGAUGACUUUGACAAGACAAACUCGGCCCCCUCGGGCCCAGCCCCUGCUGCUGCCGUGCCCCCAUCAGCCAAGGGCAGUGAGGAGAAACCCCCUCUACUGGAGGACAGUCAGUUCUUCGAGGCUCUGUUUGAAGGGGAGAUGGCCUCUCAGGCAAAGGAGGAGUGGGAGAAAGCCAUGACUGAACUUGCACAGGAAGAGCCUGAGCUGCUGCAACACUUUCACAAAUUGUCAGAGGCAGCAGGGAAAGUUGGUACUGAUGUAGCCUCCCAACAAGAAUUCACUUCCUGUCUCAAAGAUACCCUCAGUGGAUUGGCGAAAAAUGCAGACAAUUUACAGAGUGCAGGAUUGGCUGGAGAGGAUCUGGCAAAGACUCUGGAAGGGCUGGAUUUGGAUGAGGGUGGAGAGCGGGGCGGGCAAGAUGGAAACAUCCUGCCGAUCAUGCAGUCCAUCAUGCAGAAUCUUCUCUCCAAGGAAGUGCUCUACCCAUCUCUCAAAGAAAUCACUGAGAAGUAUCCUGAGUGGCUGAACGGCAAUCAUCAGUCCCUCCCCCCAGAUCAGUUCCAGCGCUACGAACAGCAGCACAAGGUCAUGGGAGAGAUCUGCAGCCAGUUUGAGAAGGAGGGAGAUGGGGAGAAUAGCUUUGAGAGCAUUCUGGAACUCAUGCAGCAGCUACAAGACCUGGGCCAACCACCGAAAGAGCUGGCUGGUGAAUCGCCACCUGGCCUAAACUUUGACCUGGAAUCCCUGAAUCUCCCAGGAGCCUCUGGGACUGGAGCUGCAGAGCAGUGCUCGAUCAUGUGAUCUCAGAACAGCCAGUUCAUUUGAAACACAGACUAGGGGCUGACGAGAGAGGACCAUCAAUCACUAGAG